AUGGAAGCACGCGUCCAAACUGAUUUCGUCCCUUCCCCCGCUUGCCCAGACCUCAGGGACGCGCCAUCCAACCCUCUAGGUCCGACAAUCUUCCAGCGAGGAAAACAACAACCCAAUCACGCUCCUCCAGGUCCUCCCGACACCGUGCAAACAAGGCGUGUCGCCGUCGCUUCGCGACAAUUUACAAACAAACCCAUCGCUAUCGCCAUCGCUGUCCAAGCAGAGUGUGGCCAUCAUUUGAUGCAAGACCAUCCGGCCAUCACUCGGACCAGAUAG